AUGGAUUUUUGGUCUCGGAUUAUAGGCGGCUCCCGCUCGUUGUCAAAGAGCCCUCGAGCUUCCUCCCCCACGGAGCGAUUGACAGCCUUUAAGCGGACAUGCAACACCCUGCAGCAAAUAUGGCGCUCCAGCAAUUCGACAGCAGCGGAACAAGCAGCCAUCGUACACGCGCGCCAUUGCAUCGAGCGCCUCAAUUCUGUUCUGGGCGAUGAAUCUCGCGGCCCUGCACCCCAUCCAUGUCUUGCCUACGCCGCAUCCUCUCAGAUCUUCGUUACCGUCACCAAACUCGCACUUUCGUCCUACGAUGAGGCUAUGCUCCGCUCGGCGACGGUCCUCUUCAAUACCCUAAUAGAUUCGGAGGUUGAUGGAGUGGUCGAUAACAGGUUGUUUGCGCGUGCACUGGUAGAUCUCGUCCGUCGUGCAGAUAAGAAGUCAGCAGAUAUUGAGGGAAGGCUGGUGGAGCUGCUGUUUGGCGUUGCGAACAACAUCCGUCUCCAGCCCAACAUCCUUCCUGCGUGGUUUGCUCCCCGAACGGACGAUGAGGAUCAGAGUACUGGUAGUGUCGAGUUCGCGGGCACGAUGAGAACGGACGAUUUCCCGUUGUUCUACCUAUUAGUGGAAUGGGUGCACCAUGCGGGGAGGGCGGGCGAUUUCGCUCGAACGGGGCUUCUUUACUUGAUAGAGACAGCGUCGCGGUCGAAGGAUCUCGAGCGAUGGUUGAUCGAGAGUGAUCUGGCUACUCUGAUGGCAACUGGGCUAGGUGCUUUAUACAGUCAGCUGGGCAGCUUAACCUCUAGUCUGGAUGUAGAGCCCGAGGUACCGCAUAUCAUAUCGCACUCCGAUCAUGCAGAGCAGGAGACAGCACUUCCGCCUGCACUCGGCGCAUCGAUGGAUUCGUUCAUGGCUUACCUCUUGUUCUGGCAAGAUACUAUUGAUCACUGUAAAUCAGCCGAGGUGGUCGCCACCUUGUUAGACCACUUCCAGGUUUUAUUUCUCGAACAACUACUAUACCCUUCAUUGCUCGAAUCGUCUGAUGUUGAGGGCGGCUCAACAGCGGCAGUACUCACUUACCUUUAUCGCAUUCUCGCUUCAGUGGAUCAGGAUGACCUGGUUCAACGGAUCCUACUCUUCCUACUUGCGUCACCUUCUGGCUCGGACGUACACGAAAAGAAGAAGAAUAUGUCAGCCAGUCGGCGGAAAUCUCUAGACGUGCUUGCUGCCUUUUCAGAAGAAGCAGCUCGGCCAUCGCCGUCCCUUUUCAACUUAAGGGAUCUUGUCCUCCUUGGACUUCAGUCACCUAAUCGGCAGACUGUCCUGGCUACAUUGCGGCUACUGACUGUUAUUCUGCAGCGAUAUUCCUCCUUUGCGACGUCCUUGAUCCGUACUAACCCCGGGCAGCCCGCCAAACAACGGACGAUUGGAGCGUUGAAUGCGGAACUAGGCCAACUUCUGACCCUGGCCACCUCGAUUAUUGAUGAGCCAACAUUGGACCAGUCGUUCGAUAAUUACCUCAAAGAUGCAUCGUGGAUCCUUGAAUCCCGAUUGUGCAUACCCCUGCCGGAUAACGGCUCGGAAAAUCUUCCCCUUGAGAUUCGUCAAGAAGACCCGAUAUUUCGCCAGUUGUUGGGUUGUUUAGAGAACUUUUUUACCAACACUGUGAUAGUCAACCUGGCUUUGACGGAAGUCCUGAUGAGCAUCGCUUCCUCUCACCUUAUGGCACUUGACGGAUGGUUGCUUGUAGAUCCUGCAAAGUACGAGUAUGCCAGGGUUGAUGGCGUUUCAGAAGAGGACGAUAGCUCGACAGAUAUACUCAACCAGGUUCACAGUGUAUAUCGACAACCCAGCUGGUCAUCCACAGAUACACCUGCGCUCACCGCUCUUCUACACAGACUUGUCGACAGAGUCCAAGAAUGGCGAAAACAGAUUCCCGACUUUGAUAUUCUGAUAGCCGCACGUCGAGGCCUGCUGCACGAGGACGAUGAACCGUCCGACCCCCUUGGGCAGGGACCCGGAACUCCUGCUACACGCUCUGCUGACAGAUCUUCUACGCCGAGAACGCCGCAGUUAGGUACCGACCAAGGGGCACCGCGUGGCAGACGUGACCUGCGAAAUCUUACGUCUCCGCAACGCAGCAAUGUCGGGUCUCCAUUACAAGAAAAUGCUGCAAAUACACUACACUCGCCUCCGCCCCGCGACGCCUCGGAGGCUCGUUCGGCUGCCGAAGAGCUACGCAAGCGAUUAUCAGCACCCUUCUUGCUAGAUGAUCGACCGAGCAGCGCCAAUGGCUCGACUGAGAACGGCGGGCAGGGGGCGGCACAGACAGAUCCAGAGGUAGCGAUCAUAGAUGAUGAGGAGGAGCACAAACCGAAGGACGCUAGUGCAACUCUCGGCCACGUCCUCACCAACGUUGUGAUUCUGUACGAAUUCCUCCUGGAGAUCUCAGCAGUGGUGCAGGCUCGCGGCACUCUUUUCGAGGAAGCCGGCUUCCAAGGAGUAGGCCUGUCUGUGCAAGUUGACGACCUCUAG